UUUACAUCAGGAUUUUGGUAAGUUUCACAGUUGCAUACAAUGAAAGAUUAUUUUUCAAAACAAUAAUGAUUAUAAUUAUCUCUUUUCGUUUAUAAUGACGAAUAAAAUGUAUAUAUUUUUUACUUUUAAAACAUUAAAUAUAUAAUAUUCUUGUUUGAAUUAAUUUAAAAGCAAUGUGAUAGAAGAUUAUGCGUAAUAAUCACGGUUCAAUUUAUAAAAAUUUAAUCAUUAUUUAUAUUAUUUAUGAAAAUUUCGAUACAAAUUCGAUAUUUUCUUGUUUAAAUAUUGUAAUUAUGAAAAAAAUAAGUUUUAAAUAUGUAAAAAUUUAAAAUUAUCGAUAUAUUUAUAUUAGCGCCUUUUUUGAUUACUCUGAAGUAAGUUGCAAUACCAACAAAAGCAGUCAUAUAUUGGAUUACUUCAGAUCAUAGUCGUAUACUUAUUAUAACCUAAUUUUAUCUGUCAAAUUUUAUAAAUUUACUGUCAUAUAUAUAAAUAUUAUCAUUUAUAUAUAUUUGUGGUGUAAAUUGAAGUUAUUUUAGUGAAAUUCUUAAAUUUUCGCAAAAUGGCAGCUAUUGAAUUGUUAGAAGAUAGAGUUAUUGAAUUGGAAAAAAAAAUAUAUGGACUUGCAAAGAAAAAAGAAAAUAAUGAUACAUUGGAAAAUCCUGUGAUAGAUAAUAUUUUGCAUGUAAAUACAUUGGUUUCUUCUGCAAUGUCAGGAAGAGAAAAAGCAAAUCUAAUGAUAAAGCGAUUACCAGAAUUAAAUACUUACUUAGAUCCAAUAAUUGAAAGUUCAGAAAUUCCUAUAGAGGCAAAGCUUCAAUUAUUGUUAGCAAUGGCAUCAGAAAUAAAACAAAAUCAUGAAAUGUUAAAACAAGUGCAAGAAUUAACACCUGUAUUAGAGACUGAUCGUCUAAGAAAUGUACCAGAAUUAACAAACAAACUCAAUGAUUUGAAUUUAUCAUAUCUUAAAUUAUAUGAAGAUACUCAAGGAUUAAAUAAUCAUAUAAAUGAAGUUUUUUCCAAAUAUAAUGAUGUAAUAACUAGUAUUUCUAAAUCAUUAAUUACUAUAGAUGCUAUUGUAACAACAGCUGAAAUUGCAGCAAUGCCCAAGAAACAAUUAGAUUAAGGAUUUAUUGUAUAAAUAACAAAGAAUUAUUUAUUGUAUAAAUAACAAUAAAAUUAUUUAUAUUUAAAAUAAGAAA